CACAGUAGUACUCUACGAGAUCUAAAAAUAAUGGAGAAGAUUGAGUUGGUUUUCAUCCCUUUCUAUGGACUAGGUCAUCUGAUUUCCAUGGUUGAGAUGGGAAAUCUUCUUCUUUCUCGAUACCCAAAUCUCACAACUACUUUCAUCAUCAUCAAGAUGAAGGGCCGUCCCAACGUCAACAUUCCCUCUUCCGACGAUACCUACGACCCCACCCGUAUUCGCUUUCUCCAAAUCAGUCGAGACGAAGACGAUUCGGUGGUGGAUCUUCGUGCCAUGCUCAAUUUAUCUGAACUAUACAAUCCUAUUAUCAAGGAAACAGUCCAACAAGAAAUUAUAAACCGUUCAGGUUCGGGCCGGCUUGCUGGGUUCAUCUUGGACAUGUUCUGCAUUGGAAUGGUAGAUGUGGCUAAGGAGUUUAAAGUUCCUGGCUAUGUCUAUUUCACGCCCGGUGCCUCAUUUAUCGGACUCAUGUGGCAUUUGCAGACACUUCGAGAUGAGUAUGGUCAGAAUUUGGUUGAUUUAGAUGGCACUGAUGUUGAACUAGAUGUGGAGGUUUUCAAGAACCGUUAUCCGGCGAAGGUCAUACCGCCGUUCGCCAUGGAUGAUGGUGGUUCUAAGCUCUUUUUCCGCAUUGCUAAGAUGUUGAGAGAGGUAGACGGGAUUGCAAUUAAUACUUUCGAUGAGCUAGAAUCACAUGCCAUCAAAGUCUUAUUAGAGGACGAAAAGUGUCCACCAGUUUACCCGGUGGGCCCGAUCAUAAAGCUAAAGAAAGAAAACAAUGAAAAGUCUGCCGACAUUAUACGGUGGUUGGACAGUCAACCUAAGUCAUCGGUUAUCUUUCUUUGCUUUGGUAGUAAAGGGUCCUUCCCCGACGCACAACUGAAAGAGAUCGCCUACGCGAUUGAGAAAGCCGGGAAACGCUUUCUCUGGUCGCUCAGGCGACCGUCGUCUACCGACAAGACAACGUCGUGGAUCACUGGCGACUACGAAGACCCGGCUCAGGUAUUGCCGGAAGGUUUCUUAGAACGAACGGCCGAGAUUGGAAGAGUGAUCGGAUGGGCACCGCAAGUGGAGGUGUUGUCGCACGAGGCGGUGGGGGGUUUCGUGUCGCAUUGCGGUUGGAACUCGGUGCUUGAAAGCGUGUGGUUUGGGGUUCCGACGGCUACGUGGCCGAUUCAGGCGGAGCAGAAUAUGAAUGCUUUUUUUAUGGUGAAGGAGGUGGGAUUGUCUGUUGAUGUUAAGAUGGAUUAUAGUCGAAGCCAUUGGAAAAUAUCUGAUGAAGACUCGUCGACGGUGCCGGCGACGGUGAUUGAAAGGGCGUUGCGGCAACUGAUGGAUGAGAAUGGUGAGGAGUGUUUGGAGAUGAGGAAGAGGAUGAAGGAGAUGAGUUACAAAAGCAGGAAGGCCGUGGCCGAGGGAGGUUCUUCUUAUGUGUCCAUUGGCCGGUUCAUGGAUGACAUUAUUAAUCAUAAAUAAACUAUGUUUUUACAUAAUAAGGCUUCUUUGAUGUUGUUAUUUGGGGAUAUUUAUUAGGUGUUUUGAAAUAUUUGAUAAAAAAUUAUGGAU